CGCCUCUCCCCCUCCUCCGUUACUUUUUCCCGCACACCACCAACUCCAUACACAAAGAUGGCGCCGUCUAUCACGAUUGUGCCGUCUCUCGAGACUGCAGGCGAGGUCAUCGAUUCCGUCCGAGACUCAAAGUUUGCUCCCAACCUUUUGCCGUUGGUUACUUCUAUCUCAGCCGACCUCUUGACUCCUACCCUGGCAUAUCUGAAGAUUGCAGAGAAAUCGAAAUUGUCGUUCCUCUACGAAAGUGCUGCCACCACUGAAACCAUCGGAAGAUACAGUUUUGUUGGAGCUGAUCCCCGCAAAGUUAUCAAGACUGGCGCUGGCCAUGGGCCUGAGUGUGAUCCGCUGCCGAUCCUGGAGGAGGAGUUGUCCGGAUAUCGCGUCGCGACAGUACCCGGCUUGACUCUUCCCCCUUUGACCGGAGGUGCUAUCGGCUACGUUGGUUACGACUGUGUGCGGUACUUCGAACCUAAGACGGCCCGCCCAAUGAAGGAUGUGCUGGGUAUUCCCGAGUCGCUGUUUAUGCUCUUCGACACUAUCGUCGCUUUCGAUCACUUCUUCCAGGUUGUCAAGGUCAUCACAUACAUUCCCAUUCCUAGCAGCAAGGCGGAGCUCGAGGCGGAGUACCGCAAGGGUCAGGAGGCCCUUCAGCGCAUUAUUGCGACUCUCCUACGCCCUGACCACCCACUUCCACCUCAAGGUCCUAUCCUACAGAACCAGGAGUACACGUCGAACAUCGGACGCGAAGGCUACGAGCGUCAUGUUACUCGCCUGAAGGAGCACAUCUCCAAGGGUGACAUCUUCCAGACCGUGCCCUCGCAGCGGUUGUCCCGCCUCACCUCCCUCCACCCCUUCAAUCUCUUCCGACACCUGCGCACUGUCAAUCCGUCACCAUACCUUUUCUACAUCGACUGCGAAGACUUCCAGCUAGUUGGUGCCAGUCCGGAGCUGCUGGUCAAGGAGGAGAAAGGCCGCAUCAUCACACACCCGAUCGCGGGUACAGUAAAGCGCGGCCGGACGCCGGAAGAAGACGAGGCCUUGGCCACCGAGUUGCGCAGCAGUCUGAAGGACCGCGCGGAGCACGUCAUGUUAGUGGAUCUGGCACGCAACGACGUGAACCGAGUAUGCGACCCGACGACGACACAGGUUGAUCGGUUGAUGGUGGUGGAGAGAUUCUCGCACGUGCAGCAUCUCGUGUCGCAGGUCUCGGGUAUCUUGCGGCCGGAAAAGACGCGCUUCGACGCAUUCCGAUCGAUUUUCCCUGCGGGAACGGUGUCGGGCGCACCCAAGGUGCGGGCGAUGCAGCUGAUUGCGGAGCUGGAGGGCGAGAAGCGCGGUGUGUAUGCGGGUGCGGUGGGCUACUUCGGCUAUAACAUCGCCAGUGCGAAUGGAACGGCAGAAGUGCCGGGUGCGAUGGACACUUGCAUUGCGCUGCGGACCAUGAUGGUCAAGGACGGGGUGGCUUACCUGCAGGCGGGAGGAGGCAUUGUGUUCGACUCAGACCCGUACGAUGAGUAUGUGGAGACACUGAACAAGCUGGGAGCGAACAUUGCCUGCAUCAAGGGCGCUGAGGCCAAGUACCUCAGUCUGGAGGAAGAGCAAAAAUCCUAGAUUAGCACUUCUUUAUCCUCUCCUUGUUCAGAUCUCUAGUUUCGACUUCUUCUCUUUCAUCUCUUCAGGCUUUAGAUGACAUGACUUUUCAAAGUGAGCAAUGGACAUGGAAUAUAGACCACUCUUCGAUGACUGGUCGCUAGAUGUUGUCAAUAAUCGAAUUCAAACUUUGGAAAGACAUCCGGGGCUCCGGAGAUGACAUAAGGUUUGAGCCGACAAGGAGGACCAGGAAACCGCAUGAAUACUGCUGCCUGCAACUUCCACCAUCUUGCGGGGGGGAGUCCGGGCUCUUUUCUUUGUCAAUCAGUGUCAAUAAAAAGAUCGCAUGAACGGGGUAAGGAUUGGGGGUCAGCCAGGAUGAGGCCGAACGUGGUUUCGAUCUGCAAGAAAGGCCGGCCCUGCCUGCGAUGACGUCGAUUGCGAGGCCGGCCAGGCGCUAAGCAC